AUGUGUCCAUUAGGACCCAUCAGAGACCAGAAUCUGCUGGACCUGGACCUGGACCUGGACCUGGACCUGGACCUGGACUUGGACCUGGACCUGAACCCAGCUCUCUCCACAGAUAAACUAUCUCCUGCUCAGUGGUCAGCUCUGGUCUUCAUCUUACUGUCAUCAGAAGAAGAUCUGGACGUGUUUGACCUGAAGAAAUACUCUGCUUCAGAGGAGGCUCUUCUGAGGCUGCUGCCAGUGGUCAAAGCCUCCAACAAAGCUCUACUGAGUGGCUGUAACCUCUCAGAGAGAAGCUGUGAAGCUCUGUCCUCAGUUCUCAGCUCCCAGUCCUCCAGUCUGAGACACCUGGACCUGAGUAACAACAACUUGAAGGAUUCAGGAGUGAAGCUGCUGUCUGCUGGACUGCAGAGUCCACACUGUACUCUGGAAACUCUCAGACUGAGUGGCUGUAAGCUCUCAGAGAGAAGCUGUGAAGCUCUGUCCUCAGUUCUCAGCUCCCAGUCCUCCAGUCUGAGACACCUGGACCUGAGUAACAACAACCUGCAGGAUUCAGGAGUGAAGCUUCUUUCUGUUGGACUGCAGAGUCCACACUGUGCUCUGGAAACUCUCAGACUGAGUGGCUGUAACCUCUCAGAGAGAAGCUGUGAAGCUCUGUCCUCAGUUCUCAGCUCCCAGUCCUCCAGUCUGAGACACCUGGACCUGAGUAACAACAACCUGCAGGAUUCAGGAGUGAAGCUUCUUUCUGUUGGACUGCAGAGUCCACACUGUGCUCUGGAAACUCUCAGACUGAGUGGCUGUAACCUCUCAGAGAUAAGCUGUGAAGCUCUGUCCUCAGUUCUCAGCUCCCAGUCCUCCAGUCUGAGACACCUGGACCUGAGUAACAACAACCUGCAGGAUUCAGGAGUGAAGCUGCUUUGUGCUGGACUGGAGAGUCCACAUUGUGCUCUGGAAACUCUCAGACUGAGUGACUGUAACCUCUCAGAGAGAAGCUGUGAAGCUCUGUCCUCAGUUCUCAGCUCCCAGUCCUCCAGUCUGAGACACCUGGACCUGAGUAACAACAACCUGCAAGACUCGGGAGUGAAGCUGAUUUGUGUGGGACUGGAGAGUCCACACUGUACUCUGGAAACUCUCAGUCUGUCAGGCUGUCUGAUCACAGAGGAAGGCUGUGCUUCUCUGGCCUCAGCUCUGAGCUCCAACCCCUCCCAUCUGAGAGAGCUGGACCUGAGCUACAAUCAUCCAGGAGACUCAGGAGUGAAGCUGCUGUCGGCUGGACUGAAGGAUCCACACUGGAGUCUGAACAUUCUCAGGGUGGAGCCUGGUGGAGUCCGAUGGUUGAGACCAGGUGUGAGGAAGUAUUCCUGUGAACUCACCAUCGACACAAACACAGUGAACAGAAACCUCAAACUGUCUGACAACAACAGGAAGGUGACAUAUGUGAAGGAGGUUCAGUCAUAUCCUGAUCAUCCAGACAGAUUUGACUGGUGGCCUCAGCUGCUGUGUAGAACUGGUCUGACUGGUCGCUGUUACUGGGAGGUCGAGUGGAGAGGAGGGGUUUAUAUAUCAGUGAGUUACAGAGGAAUCAGCAGGAGAGGAGACAGUACAGACUGUGUGUUUGGAAGGAAUCAUCAGUCCUGGAGUCUGAUCUGCUCUGAUGAUGGUCGUUACUGUGUCUGUCACAAUAACAGAGGAACACAGCUCUCCUCCUCCUCUUCCUCCUCCUCCUCCUCCUCCUCUGGUAGAGUAGCAGUGUAUGUGGACUGUCCUGCUGGCACUCUGUCCUUCUUCACAGUCUCCUCUGACACACUGAUCCACCUCCACACCUUCAACACCACAUUCACUGAACCUCUUUAUCCUGGGUUUGGGUUCUGGUCUUCUGGUUCCUCAGUGUCUCUGUGUUCUCUGUAGGAGUGAGAGUCUCCUCCUGUUAGAGAAACCUUCUCACUGCUGAACACAUCAGUUGAGUGUGUACAGGAUGUCACACAGCUGAUGUUAGUUCUGUCCCACCAUGUGUCCCUGGUUAGAUUCUGGUGGGGGACCUUUGCUUUAUGUCCCACCCCUCUCUGUCUCUCUCUGUGUCCAUGUUUGCUGUCUGCAGCCCCGACGUAUCUGUAAAGGCAACAUGUAAAUGAUGGAUUAUCAAAUCAAUCAUUGUUUAUGACACUGAACUUCUGAACACAUUGUCCCUGACUGUGUGUGAAUAAAGACUUUACACUGCUGA